AUGUUCUGUCUGUUCUACAAUGCCAAAACAAAGAAAGUGCAUGCCUUGAAUGGCUCUGGACGGAUGCCGGCGGGUGCUUCCCUGGACCGGGUGCGUCAGGCGCUGGGAGACGACAGUUUGACACAACUACCAAAGCUGAGCGUUCAUGCUGUUACGGUGCCAGGUACCGCUGCCGGGUGGGUGGACACAGUGGAAAAGUUCGGAAGUGGGAAGGUCACCCUUGAGCAAAUCCUCACGCCGGCUAUUGAACUGGGCGAGGAAGGGUUCCCUGUGGCUGAGCUGGCAUCUUCAUUCUGGAAAGGGUCUGAAGGCAAGAUCCGCAAAGGAAGCCCAAACUUCAAGGAGCUCCUCAGAGAAGAUAGCCAGGCAGAAGGCGGUGCGAGGGCCCCUGCUCCGGGUGAAGUGUUCACGAAUCCAACUCUGGCCAAGACAUUCCGGGCCCUGGCAAAGGAUGGGAAGGAUGGAUUCUACAAAGGAGAGGUAGCCAAGGCUAUCAUCCAGAUUGUUGAAGACCUGGGUGGCUUCAUGACCCUCGACGACCUCAAGAACCAUGCAGAAAUGGGCAGCCAGGAGGUUGACCCAAUCUCCCUGAAGUUCGACCCCAGUGACUUUGUAUCCUCCAAGAAGAAGGAAGAUGGAAAGGAGGUCGAGCUCUGGGAGCAUCCACCCAACGGCCAAGGCAUCGUCGCUCUGAUGGCUCUCGGCAUACUCAAGGAGCUCUCGCGCUCCGGGAAGAUUCCUCAUUUCUCUCCCGACCAACACAAUAGUGCACCAUACCUGCAUGCCCUGAUCGAGAGUCUCCGCAUCGCCUUUGCAGACGCAGCGUGGUGGGUGACCGAUCCAGAUGUGGAGAAGGUGCCGGCCCAGCAGCUCAUCUCGCCCGCCUACCUGGCCGAGCGAGCCAAACUCUUCGAUCCUAGCAAGGCAUCAGCUGGCAUCCUAGACCAUGGCAGUCCCGCGCACAACCACAGCGACACGGUCUACCUUGCCGUCACCGAUAAGGAAGGAAACGGCAUCAGCUUCAUCAACAGCGUAUACGAAGAUUUCGGUACCUGCAUUAUUCCCGCUGGUUGCGGGUUCACGCUUCAGAACCGUGGCGCCAACUUCUCGUUGCAAACCGACCACCCGAACGUCCUGCGGCCGGGAAAACGGCCAUAUCAUACCAUAAUCCCUGCUAUGGUCACCAACCCCUCAGACAACUCCCUGCACACCGUCUACGGCGUCAUGGGUGGCUUUAUGCAGCCGCAGGGUCAUGUCCAAGUGCUCUUCAACACCUUGGCGUUCGACCUGUCUCCUCAGGCGGCGCUGGAUGCCCCGCGGUUCUGCAUCGAGGCAGGCAGUAAGGAGAAAGGCCAUGGACAGAUCAUCUACCUUGAGGAAGGCAUCUGUGACUCUGUGGUCGAAGAGCUUAGACAGAUGGGCCAUCCGGUGAAGGUUCUCAAGUCCUUUGAUCGGAGCAAAUUUGGCCGUGGUCAGGUUAUCAGAUGUCAUACUGAUCAGGGUAAGACUGUAUAUAGCGCCGGAAGCGACAUGAGAGGUGACGGUGCGGCCUUCCCGGCAUGA